AUGACAGACCAAAUUCUUGCUGCAACCGUCAUUCAGGCAGCUUUUCGGGGACAUCGCUGCCGAAAUGACAUCAUGGGUCUUUGGAAUGAUUGGUUGGAUCAGGUGCGGGCCAUCGAAAAGGACGCUGCUCUUUGUUUUGGACAUCACCUGCCUUUGCUUGCUAACCGUCAGCCAGACCAGUCUAGAUCGGGAUCCCUAGAAUUUGCCUCAAACAGCUGCAAGAUUUACUCAUAUGGAGAGUCCCCCUAUGCUUGUUCUGUGCAUAGGCCCGACAAAAUCCCUCCUAACUCUAUCAUUGGCCCUUCGCUUUCUUUACCAGCUACGCAGAAGUAG